AUGGGAGAGUCGUCGGAUGAGGUUUGGUCUGCUCCCAUAACGCCUAGACUGCCGGCAUCAGUAGCUCCGACGCCGCCCAUAGUAUCAUGUCCUCCGUCGCAGUUCCACUCGCCGUCGAUGUCUAGAUCACCGCUGUUGACGAUGGGGGAUCAUCCUGGGGGAACAGCCAGUGCGCCGUUCAGAACCCCAAAGUCGCGAACACCACGCUUCAUUACUCCUUUCAUAACUCCGUUGGGAAGCCCGCUGAGGAAGGCUCUUAAAAUGACGAAGCUAGACCCGCAAGAUGCAUGGCUCCCUAUCACCCAGUCAAGAAACGGAAACGCUUAUUAUGCUGCCUUUCACACUCUGUGCUCUGGAAUUGGUAUUCAAGCCCUUGUUCUUCCUGUUGCCUUUACCGUUCUCGGCUGGGCAUGGGGAAUCAUCUGCUUAACAGUAGCAUUUAUAUGGCAGCUGUACACACUAUACGUAAUGGUUCAACUCCAUGAGAACGUGGAAUCUGAAGUUCGAUACAGCAGAUACAUGCAGUUAGCUAACGCAACCUUUGGUGAAAGAUUGGCAAAACUGUUUGCGGCAUUCCCAAUCAUGUAUCUAUCAGCAGGUACGUGCACAACUCUGAUCAUCAUCGGAGGUUCAACGUCCAAGAUGCUUUACCAGACGCUGUGCGGAGCGACGUGUACCUCCAAACCAUUAACAAACGUGGAAUGGUACUUGGUGUUUACGUGCGCCGCCGUCGUCCUCUCUCAGCUCCCAAACUUGAACUCCAUUGCCGGAGUGUCCCUGCUUGGUGCUCUUACCGCCAUCGCAUACUGUACCCUCAUAUGGGCUGUGUCCGUGGCCGAGGGUAGGCUCCCCAACGUCUCCUAUGAUCCCCUCAGGAAAGGCAAACAGAUCGCCAGGAUUUUCGACGUUCUCAAUGCUCUUGGUAUCAUAGCUUUUGCCUUUAGAGGCCACAAUCUCAUACUCGAGAUACAGGCAACAAUGCCUUCAGAUGAAAAACAUCCGUCGCGAGUACCGAUGUGGAGGGGCGUGAAGUUUGCAUACAUACUUGUAGCAACGUGUUUGUUUCCUCUGGCGAUAGGCGGCUACUGGGCUUACGGUCAACUCAUCCCUGCAAACGGUGGGAUGUUAACAGCGCUUUACGCAUUCCACAGCCAAGACGUAGCCAGGGGUGUACUAGGCCUCAUCAGUUGUUGCGUUAUAAUUAACGCCAUAAGCUCCUUCCAAAUCUACGGAAUGCCCAUGUUCGACGACAUUGAAUCAAUCUACACCACCAAGUGUAAGAAGGAAUGCCCCUGGUGGCUCCGAGCCUUCAUCCGGACUUUCUUCGCCUUCGUCUGCUUCUUUAUUGCCGUCGCCAUUCCCUUCUUGGCCAGCUUUGCUGGUCUCAUCGGAGGAAUCGCAUUGCCCGUCACUUUUGCUUAUCCAUGUUUCAUGUGGCUUAAGGUCAAGAAACCUAAGACUUACGGUCCAAUGUGGUGGAUGAACUGGACACUGGGUCUCAUGGGGAUGCUUCUUAGCGUACUCCUCAUUGCCGCCGGUCUUUAUGUUGUUAUUGACACGGGUGUUAAUAUUAGUUUUUUUAAGCCCUAGCUAGCUAGCUACUUUAAUUUUCUUGCCUGCCUGCAUGCCAAGCCACCUUUAUUUAUAUUAAUAUUCUUUUUAAACUUUGAUUGAUACA